AUGACAUUUGAACAGUGGAUUCCACCUCAGAAUCAUGAUACAUCUAGUGAUAUGGUUGCAGACACAGAUGAGAACAAAGCUGAAACAAUGGGAACCUUAAAACGGCUGCAGAAAUUAGUUCGAACCAAGAAAGCCAGUUUGCAAAGUUUAGAGGACAUCAAGCAUGUCUUGGCUCCUCUCAAUCUCCCACCACAGCAUGCCUGCCUCACUGAAGACGAAGAUGAAGGGCUGACAUCCUGUAUGAAACUAACUAAAUCACAGGAGAAGAAAAUCUUGAAAGAGAAUACAAGACGAAAGGAAGAAAGGGACACUAGAACAGACCUCAUCUCUACUUCCUUAGGCAGAUCUUAUAUUUCAAGACUGAGCAACUUGGGAAAUAUUUCCAUCCAUUCAGAAACUGAAUUUCAACUCUGGAGUGACUGGAAGCCCUUCCCUGACAAUCAGCUAUGUCCUUGUGAUUUUCUGAUCACCCGAAUAGAGGAGUGGGAAAAAUGUACUUGUUGCUCUCACCAACCCAGUCUUUCUUGUUCUCUUGCUGAUGUGGAUCUCCCACUGUCAUGGAGAGCAAGCAGCUUUGGGAACUUUGACCAUAGCAGACAUCCCUCAUCAUCAAAACCAGAUGAUUCAGCUGAGAUUUGUGAAGUAGAGGCUGUAAGUGAUGGUGGAGAACCAGGACAAAAUAAAAUCAUGAAUAAUGGAGGAAGCCUUGGAAAGAAAAUGCGGGCAAUUUCCAUGACCAUGAAGAAAAAGAUGGGGAAAAAGUACAUCAAAGCACUCUCAGAGGAAAUGAAUGAGGAAGGAAAAGAAGAUUCCAGCUCUAAUAAAGACAGUGACCCUGGAGGAGGAUCAAACACUGAGAAAGCUUCUCUACAAGCUAGUGAUUCCAUGGACAGUCUCUAUAGUCUUAAUAGUGGUCAAAGCUCAUCAAGUGGAGUGACUAGCUGUUCAGAAGGAACCAGCAACAGGGACAGCCUGAGGCUCGAUGACGAAGUCCCUUAUACAGGACCAUUCUGUGGCAGAGCCAAAGUGCAUACAGAUUUCACACCAAGUCCUUAUGACACAGACUCUCUCAAAAUCAAGAAAGGAGAUAUUAUUGACAUCAUCUGCAAAACACCUAUGGGCAUGUGGACAGGGCUCCUGAAUAACAAGGUGGGAAACUUCAAAUUCAUUUAUGUGGACCUUAUUGCAGAAGAAUCUGGAUCCAGAAAGAUAAAGCCACACAAGAGAAGUAAAAGGGCCAAGCCUAAAUCUCUUCAAGAACUCUUAGAACGAAUCCAUCUCCAGGAUUAUAUAUCAACACUUUUGCUAAAUGGCUAUGAGAGACUGGAAGAUUUAAAAGAUCUAAAAGAGAGCCAUUUGAUUGAGCUUAAUAUUGAAAAUCCGGAAGACAGAAUGAGAUUGCUAUCUGCUAUUGAAAACCUGCAGGAUUAUGAAAAUGAUCAAGACCAACACACUGAGCAAGUAUCAAAGACCUUAAGCCCUGACCUUGGCUUUAACAAGUCACACUCAAACGACUGUCCAAGAGACUCUGGCUGUUACACUUCAUCAGAAAAUUCAGAUAACAGUAAAGACGACCCAGAUACGGAGAACCUCUCUGCCCUAGUGCAUGCAAUCACCAUCACUGAGUCGAACUAAAUGGAUUUACAAUUCUAACAGAAUGAUUCACACUGAGUUUUCAGCUUUAGCAAAAACCCUGAACUUAGCAUAAAAAUGAAAUAAUGGAAUGGAAUGUCCAUAAUCAAUCAAUUUUGAGACUCAAUAUGCCAUUGGAUUUCUACCUAAUAACAUUUUCCUCAAGAAAAUGUCUGUCUCUUGAAUAAUCCUCUGCUUUCUUUUGUAAUUUUGCUAAAGACGCAGUCAUUAAAUUUUUUAUACAUUAUCUGUACAGUAAAUUCCUUUUCUAUCAUAUGAGAAUGAUUAGUUAAUGCUCUAUAUUUCUGAGAUGGUUCAUUUCCAAAAACAUUUCUAAGGACUGUAAAUAGUGUAUAUAAUUGUUUUACAAGGCAAAGAAAUAAUCUUGUUUUUAUCCUAUGAUACAAUUCUAGAUAUUAAUGUUUUCAUCAAAAUGCCAUUGCAAUUAAAAUGUAUCCAGCCAAAUAUCUGAAUAUGAAA